UGGUUUACCUGACACUUUAGAGUGAGUCAUGUGCGGUUGCUGUACCUGCCGGAGCCGCUCAUCUGUUUCUUCAGCGGGUCCCGCGGACCCCGACAGCACGGUGGGAUCCCAAAACAAAGGUGGUGGGCUGCCAGCGCCAGCACCCGUGGCCCAGUCUUCUGACCACAGCUCUGUCGUCAUCCCAGAGCAAGAGACUAUGCCGGAGUUUGUGGUGACAGCGCUGCUCGCGCCCUCACGCCUCUCGCUGAAGCUGCUGCGUGCCUUGGUGAUGAGCCUGGUGUACUUGGCUGCCUUGGUGGCCGCGGCUGUCUAUAGCUGCAUCGCGUUCACCAACCUCCUCUGCUGCCCUCGCCGAGGCUGCUGCGGUCGCCAGCGGUUGUCGGUGGAGCCAGAGUGCCUGAGAGACCCCACGCUGGGCGAGCACUGCUUUCUGACCCUCAGGAGUUCCGGCCUGCGUCUGCACUAUGUCUCUGCUGGCCAUGGCAACGGACCCCUCAUGCUAUUUCUGCAUGGCUUCCCAGAGAACUGGUUCUCCUGGCGCUACCAGCUGCGGGAGUUCCAGGGCCGUUUCCAUGUAGUGGCUGUAGACCUGCGUGGCUAUGCCCCCUCUGAUGCUCCAAAGGAUGUGGACAGUUACACCAUUGGCCUGCUGUUGGCUGAUAUCAGGGAUAUCAUCCUAGGCCUGGGGUACUCCAAGUGCAUCCUCGUGAGCCACGACUGGGGGGCUGCCAUCGCCUGGGAUUUCUCCAUCUACUUCCCGUCCAUGGUGGAACGGAUGGUCGCGGUUAGUGCACCUCCCAUGUCGGUGUUCCAAGAAUACUCAAUCCGCCACGUCGGCCAGUUAUUCCGAUCAAACUACAUCUUCCUGUUCCAGCUUCCGUGGCUGCCAGAGAAGCUGUUGGCUAUGUCCAACUUCCAGAUUCUAAGAUCCAUGUUCACCCACCGCAAGAACGGCAUCCCGCAGCUGGCCCCUUGUGAACUUGAAGCUCUCCUUUAUCCCUUCGCACAACCGGGAGGCCUCACUGGGCCCCUCAACUACUACCGGAACCUAUUCAGGAACUUCCCCUUGGAGCCCCAGGAACUGUCAACACCCACACUGCUGUUGUGGGGUGAGAAAGACCCCGCCUUCCAGCAGGGGCUGGUGGAAGCCAUCAGCAGCCGCUUUGUGCCAGGGCGGCUGGAGAGCCACAUCCUUCCAGGCAGUGGGCACUGGAUUCCACAGAGCCAUCCCCAGGAGAUGCAUCAGUACAUGUGGGCCUUCCUGCAAGACCUGCUGGCCUAGUAGCCCCUGUUCACCAGCCCAACAGGGUCUUACUAUGUAGUCUGAAAUUGACUAAGUAGACCAGACUGACUUAGAACUCACAGAGAUUCGGUUGCCUCUGGCUCACCAGUACUGGGGAUUAAAGGCACACACCAAAAGCUGGAGUGAUGG